AUGGCUGGAUAUUUGACGCUGCUUGUGGGAGGUCUUCGUUUAGCAGUGGGCGACUUUGGAUUCAGCUGUAUGAUGGUGUGCAAAAUGUUUUUCCCGUUAACAAUUUUGCUAACGUUAUCGUGUAAAUCUUUUGCAAUCCAAUGCUUCUACUGCACCAGUGCCAACAACACUGCUUGCCUGGACCCUAUGAAGUACGACCCUGAAACACGCGCGCUCGUCAUUCCCAUCAUCAGAUGUGAAGACACGCGUGUUCUCAAUGUUGAGAAUUACAACUUCUUCUGUAGGAAGAUUAUACAGACUGUUUACAUUCCACACCGUGAAGCCCAAGUUCGUGUGACACGUGGCUGCGGGUGGAUCCAAAACGAGAAGCCAUGCUACCGCGCCAACACCCACGACCAUCUGGAGACUGCAUGUCAAUGCUUCUCUGACUACUGCAAUAGUGCAGUCUCCGUCAUACCUACUUCUGGAAAAGUUUUAUCUAUAGUUGUAACUUUCGCUCUUUACUUAUUUGGUUAA